AUGCCUGUGCUAGAACUCUUUGAUCAGGUGGAUGAAAAACAAUAUUCAAUUUUAGUAACCGAAGAAGAGUUUAGUAGAGUGGUUGAAGGAGAAGAUUUAAAUUUAGCGAGUUUUCUCCUAGAGAAGGAAAAAGAAAAAAGAAAUUUUAUAGCAGCUUAUAAAAUAAUGCAAGCUCCAGCUUCAGAGGCCUCAACUUCAACAUCUACUCGAAGCAACCAGGAGAGGGGCAUUUCCUUUGUAGAGGAAGAAUGUAAUUUAGAAAAUGGAGAUAUUGAAAACUUUUCGGAGGGCCUGGAAGGCAAAAUAUGAAAUGCAAACUCCACAAAGAUGCUCAUAGCACUUUGUAAAAAAUUUAAUGACCAGUUUGAAACUGGAGUUAAAAAACAUAUAUGGAAAAAAAUAUCGUCAGAAUUAACAAAAAAUUGUCAGAGAAUGUAUACGUAUCAACAAUGUGAUACAAAAUUUAAAGUUUUAAAAAAUAUGUAUAAGUCAGUAAGAAAAUAUAAUAGCCAGUCUGGAAAUAACAAAAAAAGUUGGGAAUAUUAUGGCCUAAUGGAUGACAUUAUGUUCAAUAAGCCAGAGAUAUGUCCAGUUGCUACAUGCUCUAGUGCAAGAGGCCUAAUUACAAAUGGACUUCAGGAGCAGGAUACUAAUAUUGAAGUAUCUCGACCAUCUGCGUGUAGCACUCCACUAUCAGCAAGAGAGUUGGAUGAAAAUUCUACUACAACGAAUGUAAUGAGGAAGAGGAAACAUUAUGAAAAUGCCACAGAGAGAAGACAUCAAGAAAAGAUGUCUAGACAAGAUCGCUAUUUGAGCCUUCUUGAACGAAUAACUGUGGCAGUUGAAAGAUCUUCCACAACUUCUUAA